AUGGACAAAAAUGAUAAUGAACAAGUAGCAUCUCCAGCAUCCGUUGAAACACCAUCAAGCACAGUUGACACUAGUCAACAACGAUAUGAUUCAAUGGGUGAUGAUGGAUCGUUUUUCGUUGGAAGUUUACCAGCUGAAGUUGUACGACGUGUGAAUGCACUCCGAAAUAUUCAAGCAGAACAUCAUAAAAUCGAAGCAAGCUUUUUUGAAGAAGUUCAUGCACUUGAAUGUCGUUAUUUAAGCAAAUAUCAGCCACUUUACGAAAAACGUUUGAACAUUAUCAAAGGUGCUUAUGAGCCAACAGAAGAAGAAAGUAAAUGUGCAUUUGAUGAAGAUGAAACUGAUGAACAAGCAAAAAAAGACAAAGAAGCAGAAGGAAAGAAAGACGAAGGAACAACAGUCGGUAUUCCUGAAUUUUGGCUGCAAGUAUUCAAAAAUUCUGAUGUUCUUUCUGAACUGAUCAAAGAACAAGAUGAAGAAGUACUCAAACAUCUCAUCGACGUCCGUAUUACUAUGAAGAAUGAAGCGAAUGAGAAAGGUUUCACCAUUGAAUUUGAAUUUACACCAAAUGAAUACUUCACUAAUACCGUCUUAACAAAAUUCUAUGAACUUCGCACUGGACCAGACGAGCAUGAACCAUUAGCUUAUGAAGGACCAGAAAUCAUCAAAUCGAAAGGAUGCGAAAUUCAAUGGAAUAAAGGCAAAAAUGUCACAAUGAAAAUGGUUAAAAAACGACAAAAACACAAGAAUCGUGGAACCAUUCGAGUAGUGACCAAAGAAGUGCAAACAGAUUCAUUUUUCAACUUUUUCACACCACCAACUGUUCCCGAGGAUCCUGAUGCUGAAAUGGAAGAUAGUGAUGAAAUGAGAAUGUUAGCAGCAGAUUUUGAAAUCGGUCAUAUGUUACGAGAUUCGAUUGUGCCCAAAGCUGUUCUUUACUAUACUGGUGAAGUUGCCGAUGAAGAUGAUGGAGAAUACGAUGAAGAAGGAGAUGAAGAUGAUGAAGACGAUGAUGAUGAUGACGACGACGAUGAUGAUCACGAUGAUGACGAACAUGAAGGUCAGGCUGCGCCCCGCGGUGGACAUCAUCAUCAUCAUGGAAGUGGUGGUAAACAUGGUCCCGGUGGUAAAUCUCGUGGUGGAAAACAAGGCGGUGCUGGUCAACAACAACCAGAAUGCAAACAACAGUAA